AUGCGGCAAAUCAUUACCCCAGAAGAGGUAAAUAGCAAGGUUUUGGUAACAAGAAAAAUUAUGGAAGGAAAAGGAAUUAUGUUCAAAGGAAUUAUGCAGAUGGAAAAUCUAUAUAUAUGUUCAUCAAGCACUUUGUCGGAUGUGAAGAACAGCAUCUUGCAGAAGCUUGGGGUAUUUGGGAGCAAGUUGGUGAAGAAGAUUUUCUACAAGAUUCCCAUCGCUGUAGUCUCGAGCGGUGUUCAGUAUGAUACAUUCGUGUUAGCGGCUGACGAAGAUAUUAGUGUUCUGUUUCAUUGUGUAAGGAAUUUUCUGGAGGUCAGAAUACACGAGCUGUAUGCGAAGUUGGAGGUUGCUGUCGAUAGUUCUGGGGCAUCGGCUCCUGUUCAUAGCUCGACUGCCGCAAGCGGUGCGUCUUGUUCGGUGCCUGCGAUCCGGCCAUCUAUUUCGCAGGUUGCAUCACCUUCCUUCGCGGCUGAUUUGGUACAAACGGAGGCAGUUCGUUCUGUACCUUUCCCUAAUCAAGGGGUCCAGCAGCAGGCAUUUGAGGGGGAGUCAGGUCGUGCCAUAGUUGAUGAAGUUCAAGGCUUUGGGGAACCUGAUCGAGUAGAGAAUGCAAUGCGGGACGAUGACUCUGACCAGAAGCCUGUAAAUAUCUUUGGGGACAGCGAUGAUGACACAGGUGCUAAUCCACAUGCACAACAAGCACCUUCAAGUUCUGGCACACAGCAGUACCCUCCACACUUCUCAACUCUAAACUUAGAGGCUCUAGGUGAACACCCGGUGGGAGUUGCUACAAUUGGGGGUUCAUCUACAGAAUUUCAGAUUGGGCAAUCCUUCCAGAGUAAAGAUGAAGCUGUUCUAAGUGUGAAGGAGUAUAGCAUCCAUCGAGGUGUUGAGUAUCGAGUGUUGGAAUCGGACCAUCUGAAGUAUCAUGGAAAGUGCAAGGAUUUCGGCAAAAGUUGUAGUUGGCUGAUUCGGAUUUCGCUCCGAGCACGAAAGGGCACUUGGGAGGUUAGGAGGUACAACGGUCCCCACACUUGCUUAGCCACAUCUAUUUCCAGUGAUCACCGUCAGCUUGAUUACCACAUUAUCUAUGCGAGGAUAUUUCCGUUGGUUAGUGCAGAUGCUGCAGUACCGAUCAAGGUGUUGCAACAAGCAACUGAAGCUUAUUACGGCUUCAAGCCCAGUUACCGGAAGGUUUGGAAGGCAAAACAGAAGGUAGUUGCACAAAUAUAUGGAGAAUGGGAAGAGUCUUAUGCCGAGUUGCCAAGUUGGAUGAUAGGGGUGCAGUUGACGAUGCCCGGUGUAAGACCCAGUUAA